GAAUAUAAUUCCAUUUGAUUUCCAUGUCAGGUUUGAGUUUUUUGGCGAAAUGAACCCAUCGGAAAGACAUUUGAAUCGGCUUUCAGUAACGGCAAAAUGUAAAGUACGUCAUUAAUAUGGCGCCAAAAGAGUUUAAAGUAGGAGCUUAUUUUUGUUGUGAGGUUGCAGAACCCUCGCGCAAGAGGGAGAACAUGAGCGGGCAAGAGGGGAAGCGAAUGGGCAGGCGACUGGGUUUUUCCGGCAGAACGUCUCGAAACUAGCUUGCAACAUUUCAUUCCAUGAAAAUGAAGCACAUAUAUAUAUUUUUUCUUCUCCCCUACUGGAUCUGAAAACACACUCACGUGACAAAUCGGGACCCGGGGGAUAUAUCACAUUGGACUAUUUUCAAAUGCGACAUGGCUUUGAAAAUGAGAUUUGUUAGCUUACCUUGCUAUACCCGGCAUAGCUUUAGCUUACAUUAGAACUGACUUGCUGGCUGCAGCUCGAGGCUGUCUUGCAAGCCGUUAGACAAUUUUGAUUUACGGAUGAUACUCCUAAAGUCUGCUAAAGGUAGCUAACAGUUAGCUACAUUUAACUGUAUUUAGCUGAUAACUGCGAAGGCGGCCAUCGCAGUUUUGUGUAAUAAUGUUAUGCUGCCGGAUAGACUUUUAUAAUGGAUUAAAUUAGUAAAUUGCUACUUUUUAUUUGGACUCUCUUGGGAGAGCAUCUGAUCGACGUGCUGUCACCACAGCCUCGCAGGCACGUCCUGUCACCAACGUGGAUAGUCGGUGGGCUAACGUUAACUAGCUAACUAGCUAGGGUAGUUGCACUGGAAUUUGACCACCGUGAAAUUCACUGUCACUACAUGUGGUUAACUUCAAAUGAUUUCGUGAUUUCUCAUCGUCCAGAGUCGAGGACGUUUUCGCCAUCGGAAGCUGACUGCAAUCAAGGUAAAAAGAUGGAGAGUGAGAAGAAGAGAAGAAAAUACUCCACCAGCAGCAAUGACUCGGACACCACUGACAGUCAAGUGACCUCCUGGUCCAGGUCCUCCAAGAACACUGGGACCAGCAGCACCUGGGUCAGACAGGAGCACAAGAAACCGUCUGAGGUGUUCCGGACGGACUUCAUCACGGCCAUGAAGCUGCCAGACUCAGCCCAGCUGGGCCCUGAUGACUUCUACGUGCUGUCUGACCCCUGGAGACAGGAGUGGGAGAAGGGGGUCCAGGUCCCCGCCAGCGUAGACGCCAUCCCAGAACCUGUUGUCAGGAUGCUACCGGAGGUGGGGCGUAUCCCGUUCUACUGGCCUGUGCAGGGCCAAGGCCGGGGAUGUGUACUGGGCCUGGGGCUGAGCCAGAGGGACAUGAAGACCACCGAUGAGCCCCACAGUCGCUAUGACCUGGAUGACAUGGACGUGUCCUGGCUGGAGCUGGUCAACCAGGAGUUUAGGGAACUGGCGCUGCCGGAGCUGGACGAGCUGACCAUGGAGCGUGUUCUGGUGGAGCUGGAGAGCCAGUGUGAGGAGAACAUGCAGCAGGCCAUAGAGACGGAGGAGGGUCUGGGCAUCGAGUACGAUGAGGACGUGGUGUGCGACGUGUGCCGGUCCCCCGAAGGAGAAGACGGCAACGAGAUGGUCUUCUGUGACAAGUGCAACAUCUGCGUACAUCAGGCGUGUUAUGGGAUCCUGAAGGUCCCACAGGGGAACUGGCUGUGCCGAACCUGCGCCCUGGGGGUGCAACCCAAAUGUCUGCUGUGCCCCAAAAGAGGCGGAGCCCUGAAGCCCACCCGCAGUGGAACCAAGUGGGUCCACGUCAGCUGUGCCUUAUGGAUCCCCGAGGUGAGUAUAGGCUGCCCGGAGAAGAUGGAGCCCAUUACCAAGGUGUCCCACAUCCCCUCCAGCCGCUGGGCCCUGUUCUGCAGCCUGUGUCGAGAACACACAGGCACCUGCAUACAGUGCUCCAUGCCGUCCUGCAUUGUGGCCUUCCAUGUGACCUGCGCCUUUGACCAUGGCCUUGAGAUGCGCACCAUCCUGGCAGAGAACGAUGAAGUGCGCUUCAAAUCCUACUGCCUGGAGCACAGUAGCACUACCGCCCCCGGCAACAGUAACAACGCCAUGGCCGGCAACAGUAACCACACCAACAGCGCUGGUGCCAGCAGCAAACCAGACUGGGCUGGACACGGCAACGACCACAGAGUCUCCGUAACUGCGCCGGACCACCACCAAGUGACCAGCGAGCGGCCGCCGGCAGAGCGUCCAGACCGGGACCAGAUAGAGCGGGAGAAGGCUAGCCAGCGCAAACAGAAGCUACAGGAGCUGGAGGACGAGUUCUACCGCCUGGUGGACCCCAAAGACGUGGCGGAGAGCCUGGGCCUGCCGGACGCCCACGUGGAUUUUCUGUACCAGUUCUGGAAGCUGAGGAGGAAGUCCAACUUCAACCGUCCUCUGGUGACGUUGAAGAGAGACGAGGUCGAUAACCUGGCGCAGCAGGAGCAGGACGUGCUGUACCGACGUCUCAAACUGUUCACACACCUACGCCAGGACCUGGAGAGGGUGAGGAACCUGUGCUACAUGGUCACGCGGCGGGAGAAGAUGAAGAGUUCCCUGUGUGACCUCCAGGAGAAGAUUUUCCACCUGCAGAUCCAGCUGCUGGAGGAGGACCUAGCUGGAGAGAAAACCAUGAAGGGCCAUAAGGGGAGACAGAACGGGGUGAAGGAGAAGGGGAAGGAGCGGAGGAAAAGCAGCCCGGAGAAGAAGAAAGAGAGGUGGAAGCCUGACAACGGCUCCCUCCUCAAACAGCUAGGUUUCCCCAAGACCUUCCCUCUGGACAACUCGCUGUUUGACAGCUGGCUGGCCCAGUCGGUGCAGAUCACAGCUGACGACAUGCUGAGCCAGUGGGCCCUGGAUGCCGGGCAGCACCGUGACAAGACGGCCAGCUUGCUGUCUGACCAGCUGCUGCAGGGAGAGGAGAGCCUGCUCAGCCUUAUGAUGGACCACUCCAUGAAGUCCACCUGGAAAACGCCUCAGCUGGGCCGCAAGACCCGGGGCAAGCCCAGAGCCCGGGCCCAACACUCCCCCGCCGCAGCAACCACCCCGCCUUCUGCCACCGCGGUCAGUCCCACUGCUGCUGCCACCGCCUCCUCCACAGCCACAGCCAAGGGGACUCUGCUGGCAGAUGACAGGCCAGGCCACGGGGCCCGUAGAGGGGAGAGGUCCCGGGGCUCCAAGGCCCUCCACCACCACCACCACCACCCCCAGACCAGGAGCACUGAGGCACCACUGGACCCGCCGCCGCAGCCGCCCACCUCCAAAAUGGACUCCUGUCACAUCUCGGAGGAGCGCGGCCCCUGGGACAGCCUCACUGGUACAGGGGCAGCGUCUGCCCCCACACCGCCCCCUCUGGCCUCCUGCUCCCCCCCACAGCCCUGCAUUAGUCCCGGGACAGUGCCUGAGGGGAGGUCAGGGGGGGGUCUCGGUCACCGCACGGCCCUGCGCCUCCGUCUGCCCCGGCAGGGUAAGUCCCGGGGGAAGGGCGGGGGUGGAGGGGGGAAGGAGGUGGCAGAGCGUCCCCUGGAUAGGGAGAGAGAGAGAGACCCCCACCCAGUGAAGGAGACGUUGUCGCUGCUGGACCCCGAGACGGAUGGCUACUUCUCUGACGUCGAGCAGAGCGACUCGGACACGCACUCCAGCGGCCGCAAGCUCCGCCUGGCCCAGUUGCAUUCUGGGAGCGAGGACCUGCUGAGGAGGAGCGUGCUAGCGUUGUAGAAAAAAAAACUGAGACGCUCUCACACACACACACACACCAUCGUCCAGAAGACACAGUGAUUUCUCAGACUGACCGGAGCGCCAUCCCAGCUCCCGCUACCACGGCUACUGUCUGUCUGUCUGUCUGUCCGUCUGUGCUUUUGAUAUUAUACAUGCCGUUAUUUUCUCUCUAGAUCGCUUUAAUGAACCAAAUCUCUGUACUUCACUAGUCCUAAAUCAGUCUCUCUGCUCUGUUCUGGGGAUUUGAACGUAGCUGUUAGUCAGAUAGCUACAUACACAACGAGACCCUAGAUGUUAGUAGUGCUUGUUAAAGUAACAAAUGCUGUAUGAUGACGUAAGAAGACAAAGAGGAAAUGGAUUUUGGACAAUGUUACAUUUGAGGUUUUAUUUUGAAGUAUAGCAUGGCGGUGACCCAUGUCAUCAACCCUUCCUAGUGGUGUGGUCAGUGGUGACUAGCCGCUAGCAUUGGGGCGAAUACUUUGUGGGCAUUAUAAGCUGGUUCAGACGAAUCUCUUCCUUUCUCUUGCCGUAAGAUGGAUCCCGCGAGGCGAUUCCUGGGAUCUGAUGUUUUUAAAAAGCCUUUCAGUUCAGCAUCAUUCUGAGAAAUGUACAGAAAAUAUCAAACGAAUAUUAGCCUUUUUAAAGCACAAAUAGCUAACGGGAACUGUAA